AUGUUCCUACGCAGAAAGGUAACUUCAAUUCAUAAGUCGUGGCAGAAUGUCAGACGUACACACAGCGACGACGACGGCAAAGACCCAGAGUUAACUCACUUAGAUACCAAUAGAGAUGUACAAAGCUCAUUCACCCUGAAUCCUUUCAAAG